AUGAAGCGCCUCUUCAACAAAUCCAAACGCACAGCCUCCUCCCCCUCCACCGAGACUCCCUCUCCCUCACACACCCCUCCCUCACAUCCCGCAACGCCCACUCCUCCUCUCGCACCCGCCCACUCGAGACCCGCGCCAACACCCCCUCCUCAUCCGCAGCAGGUCUACGAGCAAGGCGGACAGCAGUAUGUGCUUGUGCCCGUACCCGUCGGACAGUGGCAGGCUCAGCAGGGAGGGUGCGGACGAGCAGGAGGAGGAGGAGGGGUGCCGAGGCCUCCUAGCGUGAGGGACGUAGGGAACGCGAUUGGCUGGUCCUGCGCCAUGCCCUCGUUCGACUGGUCCUACAUCCUUUCCCUUGCGGAAUACCUCUCCUCCAGCUCAAGCGCGAGCAAAGAUGCCGCCAAGGCGCUCGUGAAGGAGUUCAAGCACGCCACGCCGAAUGCGCAGGAAAGAGCGGUACGAUUAACGGGCAUCCUCUUCCGCAACACGAACGAGCGGUUCCAAGAACAAGUCGCCUCGAAAAAGUUUCUCACCGCCUUAACCGCCCUCCUCUCCUCCCCCUCCACUCCUCCCGCCACCAAACGCAUGAUCUACCUCACCCUCUCACCGCUCGCCUACGACGCGCAAUCCUCUCCCUCCUUAUCGAACAUCACCAAGACUUUCAACGCAUUGUUGGAGGACUCGAAGACGGGAUUGAGGAGCUUUGACAACGAGUUUGAGGAGACGGAUCCGAGGUGGCAGCCUAACGGGGCGCCGGUGGAUGCGGACGACCCGUUGUUUGCGCCUGAAGCGCUUCCUCGAAGGAGGGAAAGGGCGCGCAUGUUUGAUGGGAUCGAACAGAUGAGGGACCUUCGACGCCGUGCGGUUGAGGGCAGGGGGUGGGCGGGGAUGUUGUGUGAUGCGGUUGCGAAUGCGCGUGAUGAAGCGGGAGUGGGAGCGGGGAAGAGGUGGGAGGAGAUGAGCGGUGAGGAGAAGGAGGCUGAGCAGGCGAGACUCGAGGGGGAAGAGGGGCAGGGGGAGAGCGAGCGCAGGGACGGGUUGGAGGCGAAUGAGGUCGUGCAGGAAAUCCACGCAAAGCUCCUCGAAACCCAAGAAUUCCUCACCUCAAACCUCGACUGGGCCGCCGUCCAAGCCUCUCACUCGCGCGCCAAACUCCCCUCUUCCCCUCAACCUCCCGCGGGACUGGCGAGUAAUAAUCCGUUUGCGGCAGUUGUGGAGGGGAGGAGGGAGGGAGAGGGGAGUACGGAGGAAGAGGAGAUUCUGGCAGAGUUGUUGAGUGCUACGACCGAGAUCUCGGACGCCCUCGCACUCUACGCCUCACGCCUCUCCCACUCCCGCACCCAAGCCCGGGAACAAGCAGACCUCCUCGCGGCUGUCGAGCGCUCGAAGGCCGAGAAUCAUGUCGAUCGCUUCGGGCAUGAGGUGGAGAGGAGUAGGGAUUACGGAGAGGGUGGGAGUGGGCCGAGGGAAGAGGGGUAUGAGAGUGUGGCGAGGGAGGGAAAGGGGAAGGGAAGGGAGGGGGAGAGUCUGAACCCUUACGCCGGGUACCUCGUCGAUGGCGCGAACGAUCAGGCGCAUUCGCAGACAAACGUAUCGCCCUACGACGGCCUCGAUGCUCUUGAAGGCCUGUCCCUCUCUUCUCCCUCUCGCCAACCAACCUCGUACGCUCCGCCACAGGCCAGCUCAGCGACCUUCCACCGCCGCUCCUUCUCACCUACAAACCCCUACGCUUCCUUCGCGCAGCCCGCUCCCGCUCCCGAAACGCCCUUCGCUUCGCAUCCGAACAUCACGAGCGGAGGAGCUGCGCCCGACCCAUUCGCGGACGCUGACGGCGCGGGACAGACCGAGUCGGCUUUUUUGAGGGAAUACGUGCCGAGUCAGCCGAGUGAGAAGGCGUUGGGAAAGUUGAGGAGGGUUAGUGUCGGACAGAACGCCGAGCCGGACCGAGUCGACCAGCAACGCCGACUCGAGGAGGCGCUGAGGGAGAGGUACGCGCGAAACUACCAGGAGGAGCAGGAGAGGCGGACGAACGGCGCUGAACACGCGCAGUGA